ACAAAUCCUAAUAACCCGUGCUCACGAGAAACUAUCUGGUGCUCACGAGAAACUUUCUGGUGCUCACGAGAAACUAUCUGGUGCUCACGAGAAACUUUCUGGUGCUCACGAGAAACUUUCUGGUGCUCACGAGAAACUAUCUGGUGCUCACGAGAAACUUUCUAGUGCUCACGAGAAACUAUCUGGUGCUCACGAGAAACUUUCUGGUGCUCACGAGAAACUUUCUGGUGCUCACGAGAAACUAUCUCGUGCUCACGAGAAAGUAUGUUGUGCUCGUGAGAAUGUAUCUGGUGCAAGCGGGUGAAGUAAGUGCAGUUGUUUAGAGGAUGGCUACCGCAAAUGAUAUCGACCUGAUUAACUUUCUAAAAACACGACAUAUUCCUGAUAAUGUCAUCAACAAGUUCAAGGAAGAUAAGGUAAGCAGUUUCACUUUUGUUUAACUUAAUAUUCUUAAUGUAAUUCGCAUUUCAGAGAUGUUAGUAGCUUAUUGAAGUUUCUUUUAUUUUGCUCUUCGCUGUCUUACUUGUAAGGUAUUUUCCUGUUGGCAUUGUAAACCUUCUAAUUUUGUUUUGUUUUGUUGUUGUUAUUUACUUAUUUAUUUUUUAGAUUGAUAUUAACGUCAUAAAUGUCAUGACUGAUGAGGACUUAGCCCUGUAUCUCCAAAGAUAUGGAGACCGACUAGCCAUAAAAGCAUUCUGUCGGCAAAGAAGAGCGUGGUUGGAACCGCCAGAAGUAAAGUCAGCUCUCAUGUGGCGAGUGAGAGACAAAAUUCAGGGACAACGGAAAACUGCUUCCUUUGACGAUACAGCAGGCCCUGGUGUUGGAAAUCGGCAUGCCGCAAAAGACAGUCGGCGGAUUGAAAUGGGAUGGCUCCACUUUUCUAAUGGAAAUUAUCACCAGGUCCGAACGAGACAUGGAGGUGGAACACGGCACUUGUCUGUCCAAAAAACAGUUACGAUGGAGGAGCUGUUGAUAACUGGAAAAGACUUGUUUUUUCCAAAUGGUCACUCUGCUAAAGGACCAGUAGAGUGCUUCAUGUUUGACAUUCGGGAUUUCAGCCACAACAUAGUUCCCCUUGAAUGUACAGUGGCCCAGCUAUAUGAGCAGACAAAGAUUAGAGUGCUUCGCAUUUACCUAUGCUCCCAAGAAAAGAGCAAAGAGGAUUUUCCUAAAGAUGUCAUUCUUUCCGACACAUCUUCAGAUUUUGAGCCCACUGAGAACAGAGUUGUAAAGACCAGGAGGAUGCAGAGACAGACUACAAGGACCCGAACCAGGAAAUAUCUUAGGAAGACAAGAAGUGAUCAUCAGUUGGAUCACCCAGAUAAAUCAUCAGAUUCCGAUAUAUCACCCAGUGUCUCAACGCCGGAAAAACAUGGAAUUGUGGGCGAAUCAAGCAAGCACUUAAGACUUCCCUCUGACACGAGCUGCACAGAGAUCCUGCAUUCACCAUCCUCCGAUGAUGUUGGGAAUGAUUCACAUCAACAUACGAGCUGGCAUGAACCUGAAGAUGCAGAACAGUUUAAUAAUGAGUCCGAUUCCCAUCUUGCCCAGGCUAUCAAUGCAUCUCUUGAAGACUUUGAAGUACAGUUUGGGCCUGUUUCAAGUCAAGAUGGAGAUAGUCUUGACUCCACCCUACCCUGGAACCCAGAUAACAUCAACACACAUCAGCAUUCAACACUAAAUGCAGGACCUGUAUCAUCAAACACUAACCCAGCCUCCCCAACCCAAUCUGUCAAGGAGAUCCGCUGUGUUACAGUCAGACGAAUCAAUGUAGUUCACGAUGUCAUUGAUAUCUUCAUGGAACCAGAAGUGCUGAAUGUUGAGUUAAAGAUGGAGUUAAAAAAUGAAAAAGCUGUUGAUAGUGAUGGUGUGUCAAGAGAAGUGUACUCUGCUUUCUGGGAACAUUUCCUAGAACAGUGUGAGGGGGAGGAUGAACGGGUUCCCAGACUACGACCAGACUUUACUGAGCAGCAGUGGCAAGCUGUUGGAAGAGUUUGGUUAAAAGGGUAUUUAGACCACAACAUCAUACCAAUCCGACUGUCACCAGCUUUUGUUCUCGCCUGUUGUCAAGGAGUCAGUUCAGUCGAUGAGGAACUUUUAAUGAUGUCAUUUAGCAGAUUUAUAUCAGGACCUGAGCAGGUGGCCGUUGAGAAAGCUCUGCAAGGCAACAUGGAUGAAACUGCUGAAGAAGACUUACUUGAGCUUCUUUCAAGAAUGGGGUCACACUGCCUGCCCUCAAAAGACAAUUUACAGGCUUCCCUUUUAACAAUGGCACAUAAAGUUCUUCUCCAAGAGCCAAAGUUUGUAAUAGACUGUUUUCACUCCACUAUUCACAAUGCUGUGCCAUCACUCACCAACAAAGAUAGUAUAAUGACACUUUAUGAGUCUAAGAGGCCAACUAACAAAAACGUGGCCCAAAUGAUAAAGCCAACAAGUGAAAGCCUGAAUCCACAAGAGCAGUCAGCCCUUAACCACCUGCUGAGGUAUGUGAGAAGCACUGACAGAAGAAAACUAGAGAGAUUCUUACGCUUCUGCACAGGGUCCACAGUACUCUGCAAAGACAAAAUUGAAGUAACCUUUAAUAGGCUAUCUGGUUUAAGUCGGAGGUUUGUGGCACACACAUGUGGAGCAGUUCUUGAGUUACCAUGUACCUAUAGUUCAUACCCAGAGUUUCGUACAGAACUGGACAACAUCCUGUCAGGCGACUGCUUUACCAUGGAUAUUUUGUAA